AUGGCGGAGCUCACGCCGAAGUCGCCGAGAACGACAGAGAAGUUUUCCUUGAAAGACAAGUCAGCAGUCUCUCGAACUCGGAUAAUACGGCAAAGAUGCUGUGUGCGAAGCAGGAAGGCGCCCCCGGACUUUCAACCGCUGACGAGGAUGCGGUACUCGAGCGCGACGUGCUGCUCAUUCUGGAACAUAUGUUUCUUGUUCGUGCAGACGCGGUUCUGGUCAGCAUUGGCGAUCUCGCUCCCGUGCGCGCUUAUCGCAGGUGGACUCAAGCUCUACCAGAAUUAUGUUGAUGAAGGGAAAAUGAAUGGCGUCAUCAAUGACGACCAGGCCUACACCGGAAUCGUGGUGCUCAUCAGCUUUCUGAUAGUUUUCCGCACGCAAACCGGCUACCACAAGUUCUGGGAAGGGACUGAUCUUGGAUAUCAGUUGGUGGGAGACCUCUCUGAUGGAUGUAGCGACCUCAUCGCCUACUGUGAAGGCUCCAAGUUAGAGGACGAGGAGGUUCAGGCUUUUCAGCACCUCCUAAUUCGUUUGGCGAGCCUCCUGUCUGCUGUGUGCUUUGCAGAGCUCAUGGGUGGUGGCAUAGCCUACGAAGAUCCAACGGUGCCGACUAAAUUUUUGGAGUAUGAGCUGAUUGACUUCAGCGGGCUGGAUGAUGACACUCGCCAGUUUAUGCUCGAUGGGCAAGGCAGCCCAGAGAUCAUCUAUCAGUGGAUCCAGAUUGCGAUAUGUCGGGCCAACAACAUGGGCACUUUCGGCGUGCCACCGCCAGUGCUUACGCGAGCAUAUCAAGAUCUUGGUCUCUCCAUGAUCAGGUUUCACCAGGCGCAGAAGAUUGUGGAAGUCCCCUUCCCUUUGCCGUAUGUGGUUGCUCUUCAGCUGCUGCUGAUCACACACUGGGUGAUGACGCCCAUCGUCUGCAGCGGAUGGACUGACUACACUGCCUGGGCUGUCAUGUUCGCGCUCACGAACACGUUAUCACUGUGGUUCUUCGUUGGAGUCGCAAUGGAAAUGGACUCACCAUUCAAACAAGCCAUGUUUGCUAUUGACUCGAAGGCUCUGCAGCGUCAUUUGAACCAUCGACUUAUGGCGCAGCUGCACACAUUCGAGGGGCCACAGCCGAGUUUGAAGAAGACUUUCAUCAAAGACCCUGUGCCUGUUGUGAUGACACCACAGGAAACCGGGCUUGAAGUCGGGCGAGUGCGGUCCAACUCCCGUCCUCCGAUUGGCAACUAUCGGCGGACCGGCUCCCUCCAUGGUGCGCUGACGAAUUUCUGUAUGGAUGGGCCGUUGGAGUAUGACGACCACUCGGACGAUGCAGCAAGCCCGCAAGAUGUGAAGCUCUGCUUGCCGGAUGAGAAAAUCAGGCGAAGCGGCCCUGUUACCGUCAGCGUGCCGCGGUCGCGGCUCUUCUUGCCGCUUCUCGCUGCCAUGGCCGCUGUGGUUCAGCUGCGCAGCCUGCGACGUGCCUCAGCGGAGAAGGAGCCCGAAAAGUCGUUAGAAGAGAAGUUCAGCGACUUCACCACGGUGCUUCCGUGGUUCGGUUAUGCAGCCGAUAUCCAGCAGCUCCAUUCGGAAAGGCGAGAACAAGUUCGCGAGGCAUCCGCUGCACCUCAAAUCGCUGCUGAUGCCGCAGUUCUCAGUCAAGCGCUGCAAGGCGCCAUCGAUGGAGGCAAAUGCUCAGAAGAGAUACCGGAGGUCGUGGAAGCUGCCCUGCGCCUUUCGGAGUCCAAGAGCAUCGAGACAAACCCGACGAAGGCCAUCGAGAGCAUCGCUGGCCGAUGGGAAGCUGUGUGGAGUGGCGCUUUCACUCCUCUGCAGAAGUGGGGGAUCCCACCCCAGUGUUUGUGGCUUGAGGUACUGCCAGGACAGGGACAGGAGCCACCCGUCGUCGCAGCCCAUAGUGGCUUGCCUUUGGCUCUCUUCGGUGCCUACUUGUGGACUUCAUGUGCCGGAGAUUUGGUUCCGGCGGAACCCACGGCAGAGGGCUCCAGCCAGGUUCUCAUCCAAUUCACACGAUACUGGAUCGACAUCGGCCCGAAACCGCGGUCAGAUGUUGGCCGCAUCGAUGGUGGUUUCAUCACCAGCCGCCUUGCAGCUUUCGGCGCAGCUUUGGUCACUCCGGUGCUGCUGGAGUUUGGUGCUCUGAAGUGGGUCCUCGAGCGCUUCGGGCUGGAACGAGUUUUCGAAGUUGAAGUCCCAAGUCCGGAUGGUGGUGACCAGAAGGUGAAGCUACAAGCCUCCCUGGAGCUCUACUUGACUCUGCUGGCAAGGGUGGCGUUUCCUGACAGCCUCUCCAAGUGCCCCAUACCAUUCUUGGACACUGAAGCUGGCCUGUGCGUCUACGAGAUACCCAUGCUGGGGCCCAUUGGCGAUCUGCCCGAUUGGCUGCACCCCGGGGGCAACUCAGCGGCGCUGGUCGCCCGCCGUCUGAAGCCUGGCGAGGAGCCGGCAUUGAUGCGGCGCUGA